AUGAACAAUCUAAUUGGCGAUGGGGCUAGAGGGUCUAUAAACAACUACUUCUAUAAGACUAAACUGGAGCUUCCAUUAUACGAUAUUAAAAAUUCGAAGAAGCCUACUGAGCAAAUCGAAGGUCCUAGGGUUCCAAGGACAAUACAUGAAAGUUCAAAAGUUAGCUUGCCUCAAAGAUACGAAGUGGUUCAAGUUUUAGGAAAGGGUUCAUAUGGAAUAGUUUGCUCAGUUAGGGACCUGAAUAGCAAUACAAACAAUGCCUUAUUGGCAGUUAAGAAGAUAACAAAUAUUUUUUAUAAGGAGAUUUUAAUAAAGAGGGCCAUCCGAGAAUUGAAAUUCAUCAAAUAUUUUAGAGGACAUAAGAAUAUCGUUAGUCUUCUGGAUGUCGAUAUCGUAUUAGAUGCCCCGUAUGAUGGACUAUAUUGUUAUCAAGAACUUAUUGACUAUGACCUGGCAAAAGUUGUCCAUUCUUCUGUGCUGCUGACGGAGUUUCAUAUCAAGUAUUUCUUUUAUCAGAUCUUGUGUGGUCUCAAGUAUAUCCACUCCGCAGAUGUACUUCAUAGAGACUUGAAACCGGGAAAUAUACUAUGUACACUAAACGGGACGUUAAAGAUAUGCGAUUUUGGCUUAGCAAGAGGAAUAUCACAAACUGUUCUACAGAAAGCUAACAGACAAAAUUCGACAAACGAACCAGUUCAGUAUUACAAUCUGGAUAUAACGAACUAUGUGGCCACUAGAUGGUACAGAGCUCCAGAAUUGAUACUGUCGCACAACGAGUACGAUAAGUCUAUAGAUAUUUGGUCGUGUGGAUGCAUUCUUGCCGAAUUCUAUGGUCGAAAACCCGUGUUCAUGGGGAAAGACGCCAUGCAUCAAAUAUUCGAAAUUAUUAAAGUAAUUGGGUCUCCAUCCAAAGAGUUAUUAGAAACAUAUGGCUCGUCGAAAUCUUGGACAGUGUACAAUUCGAAUAUGAUCAACUAUAAAAAGAAAGAGUGGUCUGAAGUUUAUCCACAUGCAACCGCCCAAGCCACUGAUCUAAUGGAAAAUUUAAUGAAAUGGGUUUCAAAAGACAGGUACACAGUAGAGGAAGCAAUUGAACACCCGUUUUUAUCAGACGUGAGAAACAAAGAUGACGAACCCAUUUGUCCUUAUGGAGAAUUCGAUUUUUUAUACGAGUACGAGUUGCAUUCGAUGCAAGAUCUAAGGAAUUAUCUUGUUAAUGAAGUCAACACCUUCAAGUCAGAAAAGAAAAUAAUAUUCAAUAAAUCCCACUCUAGAUCACAAAUGACAAUUUAA